AUGGCUAGUAACAUGCUAAUCCUCUUCCUCUUUUCCACCUUCCCCUUCUUCCUCCUCGCUCAUCUCGUCUCACCCCUCUACGAUACGUGCUCCUACAGUUCUUGUGGAUAUGGCGAGCCGGGGAUCAAGUUCCCGUUCCGUUUGAAGCAAUUCCAACCGGAUGAACGUUGCGUGUACCCCGGGUUCGACAUCUCGUGUGACGCUCAAAAUCGAACGACUCUAUAUCUUCCGACUUCGGGGGAGUUCAUUGUGGAUUACAUAGAUUACUAUGACCAAGUCUUUUGGCUUAAAGACCCUGAUGAUUGUCUCCCCAAGAGGCUGCAAAAUUUCACUACUUCGGGUUCCAAUUGGAAUGCUCAACACUACACAAGCUUUGCACUCUUCAAAUGUCCAUAUGGGCUGUGGGAUGCUCCCAAGCUCACAUGCGUGGCUUGUUUGGACGGCCUCGAGUACUAUGUUGUAGCCGUGGCGACGGACGAAUUGGCGCAAGAUAUGGACACCUUGUCGGAGCUCCGGUGCGGUGAUAACUGGACCGUUCAGAUCCCGACCAUAGAUAACAUGGAUCCAUCGCCUUACAAUACGAUCGAGGACACAAAAAGAUUUGGUCUGACGUGGGCGGAGCCUUCUUGUAAAUCGUGCGAAGCACACGGAGGUACCUGCUGGUUCAAGGGGAAGAAGGGUUUGGAGACUGAAUGCACUAGCCCGAAUAGCGAGGCAAGCCAGAAGGGUAAAAAUGACAGUCUGUGGAUCUUUAUGGGCAUCACCAUCAGCAUACCAGGUAUCUUGUUCAUCACAAGGUUGUUGUGCUACAUAAGCUGCAAAUACUGCAUAGGACGCCAGGUUCAACAAGACCAAACCAAUCCAUCGUCUCCGACUGGCCGAGCUCAAGCCCUUGAGGCUGUCUUUGGUAUGGACACGCCUGCAAUUGAAUUGUGCCCGACGACUCAGAUUGGCAACGGCAGAGCAUCGAUGCCUCGGGACAACACUUGCUCGAUAUGCUUGUCGGAGUACAGACCGAAGGAGACGGUGCGGACGAUUCCGGAGUGCAAGCACAGCUUCCAUGCUCAUUGCAUUGACCCGUGGCUCAGGAGGAAUGGUAGUUGCCCAUUGUGCAGGAAUCACCCAGGGUAUGUGACCAUAUCUUCUCUCUAUGACUGUAUUGUUACUAAUUGCAUUUCAUCAUGCAAGCGUUAG